UUAAAUUCUCAACGUCGCAAAAGUAUUAAUAUUCUGUAUACACAGAUACCUUCCUUAAAUGAUACCUCCGUAUACGAUAUUCCACAUCAUUCGCUUGUUCGCUUUCGAGCCAUGAUUCAGAACACGGGAUUUGGUCACGAAAUGUUUGUAAGCUUUUACGAAACAUCGGAUCAUAAGG